GUAGUUACUCUCAUAAUAUCCCAGAGCUGGUGGCGUCGCCUUUGCUGAAGGUCGUGCGAGAGGCUUCGUUUCCGCUUGGAGUUCGUGUUCGCUUGACCAUGUUGGGUGUCGGCGUCCGCCGGUUUGCUACCUCGGCCGUUCGCCGCAUGCAUUAUGAAGAGGGCCCGGGAAAGAACAUUCCUUUUUCGGUGGAAAAUAAAUGGCGAUUGUUGGCAAUGAUGUCACUCUUCUUUGGAAGUGGAUUUGCCUUUCCCUUUCUUCUAGUUAGACACCAGUUGUUGAAGAAGUAAACAGAUUGAAGCUGGAGUAUCCUUCAAGCAAUUUUCCUUUGAUUUGGAGGAAAAGGAGCAACUAAUAUGUAUUGCAUAUAUCUGUAAAUUAAAAAAUAAAUAUGAAAUGCACUGUAA